GUCAUCGUUCACCUGGCACCAGGCCAUCACUCGUGGUUUGUGCGAUGCGACUCUGAUUUGCCUGAAUUCGCCCCAGAAUGGUUUGAGAGAAGUGACAACAAAAUGGCACUCGAAGUGACGCUGAUGUCGGUGGUGGCAGCGAUUAUGGUGUGGGCCGUUCAGAUGGAGAACGGUGGUAUCCUCAAUACUGUGUUCCAGGUUGUGUCAACCACGCCACAAGGAACAGUCGAAUUUGACAUGUCGAGUGACCUGUUGAAGUCAAAUGCGGAGUUCUUCUUGUCAGCGCUGCUAUUGAAACCGAUUCCCUUACCCGUGCUAAAGGUCAUGCCCGAGAGUCAGGGAGGUGGGGCGUCUGGCGUGGCCAACGCCCACGCCCACCCUAACCGUGAGCCCGACAUCUUCUGGAUCACAGUCGCUCUCUUUUUGCUCAUUGUUCUCUUGAUCAUCGCAAUCCAAGUGAUCAAUUGUUGUUGCUGCUGUUGUGGUGGUGGUGAUGGUGGUGGCGAAAGUGGGGUACGCUGGCAUUUUUUUAAAAUUUUCUACUAUUAUUACCUCAUGCUAUGUCGAGUUGUCGCAGGGGUAGCAGACGUAAAGUGCACCGUUAUCACGUUUUGCAUAACCGCUCGUUUGUAUCACAUUGAUGCUCUAUUUCAGGUGUAUGGAUCGAUGAAUCCCUUGCAAGUGGCUGCGUUACGAAGUAGACUAGGAAAUAAGCAGCUGAUGUGUCGCAUCGCGUACAUCGCAGUCCUGGUUCUCGCGAUGGCCUUCCUGGCAGCCUGCAUCAUCCUCAUAUUUGUCUACUUCAGCAGCAUCGGUGUGCUGAUGAGCUACCUGGAAGCCCACAACGGGAGCGCAGAGGAGACGAGUUCCAUCCAAAACGGACUGCAGGCACUCACAACACACGUGACGCAGUUCUUGAACACAGGCAUUGAGUCUGGCCGCACGCUGACCAAUACUUCUCUCACCGAUUUCAUACAGCAGACGAAUACGAGAAUUUCGUCUGGACUGUCUGGAACGAUUGACGACCUUCUGGUUUACUUGAAUGUGGCGAAUGUUUUGACAAGAGGCAACGAAACUGUUGAAGCGGUGAAAAAAUUCUCCGUCUACGUGACUGGUGCAAGUACUUCGAUCGACGCCUUAAAGGUUGGCAUUACCGCUCUUUGCCAGAAGAUGAAUGAAGCUCGUGACGAAUUCAAGACUGCAUUCGCUUCUGUUGCAACCUGCGACGCAGACGCGGAGUGCAAAGGCUUAAAAACAGCAACAGAAAAGUUAUAUUGUCCAAUUGAUCUCAAUGCAAUCGACACAACAGUAACGAAAAAAUUCAUCACAGAACUACAAAACAUGGUAACAGAUUUAGAAAUGAAAUUGGCAGAAGUUAAUCAAGCAAUCAAUGAAAUAAAAUCUUCAACAAGCCAAAUGGUUGAUUCGAUCGAGGAAAAACUCGACCUCAAAACGGUGCUCGAUUCGAUCAACAAGUUUUGGGAUGACGCCAGUGCACAGGUUGGUGGUGUGACCAAGAAUCUGGAAGACCUCUCCACCACUGUGGACAAUGGACUUUCACAAUACUCGGGGUAUAUUCGCAUCGGCUUCUACGCAAUCGGAGGGUUCUUCAUAUUGAUGUUGGUAAUUGCUGCCCUCAUUGCUGCGCGUCUUCUUUACCGAGCUUUCCGAGAUCGACUCUACGCAGGCGCUGACACGGUGCUCACAUAUACACCCGGUAAUAAGUGGGACAAGAUCGUCUGCGGAAAGGGGUCGGUGUGCUGCUGUUCGGUGAUUUUCAUUCCAAUCCUGCUCAUCUUCGCAGCCCUCAUUGCUGUUCUGCUAUUCGCGUUGACGUCAGUAUCAGGCGAAGGCUGCGUCUACGUCACACGGGAAACAGGUGUGAACAAGACUGACUUCGUGGUGGACGGAUUACUGGCUCGGCGUUGGUCGUCAAUUAUCGGUGGGUCGGUUGGAGGAACCAACGACUUCCUCAACAUUCCACCUCCCAGGCACGUGCUCUACGGCUUAACCCACACCUGCCGUGGCAGCACAAAGCAGUCAUCCCGACGUGGCCUGCUUUCUGCUGUGGGGUACACCAAUCUGGUGGAUGUCGCGAAAUUGGUUAAUAGCAAACAUGUGCAGGAUGGAAUUGCCGAAGGAAAAAAUGUUAUUGGCAACGAGAUAAAGAAGCUUAAUAUUCCGUCAAAAUUGCCCAAUGCAAAUGAUUUGGACAAAGUGAAAGAUAGUCUGCAGAGUGCAAUAAACAGUUUUAGUCUCACUGCACUCAUCAACUCAACGAAUUCGAGCCUUCUGGACCCCGCACCGAUGGAGGCGUUUAUUACCAAACUGGAGGCGUUUUCUAACAAGCAAACUGCACAGGGCGACUUUAAGAAAGGAAUUGGCAGCCUGAAUGAUGUAGUCGUUCAAAUGAAGAACCUCCAGCCGGAGAUGGACAGCACGCGUGGUCAUCUUCAGAAAGUUGACCAAGAAAAACAAAAUAUUCUGCCUCCUGUCGAGGGACUGGUUGGAGCUUUUAAGACAACCAUUAGUACUGCCGGUGAUGAAUCCAAGUUGGUAGGCAAAGUCGAAACUGAGUAUGACAAGGUGACCACGGAGCUGCUUGCCUUCAUGGAGAGGGAUGGCGACGUGGCAUUCUCCCAUCUCACCCGUGACCUCUUCCCCUGUGAGGAGGCCUACCGAGCAGUCAAUGUGGCGCUGGCUGUGUCCUGUGGUGACGAGGGAGGCCUCAAUCGAUUCGUCGGCGUGGUCUACGUCCUCGCACUCACCGUCCUCUUCAUCUGCUUCUUCUACUUCUCCCUCUUCAACCUCGCCUUCAUGCAGGCCAUCCAGAUUUAUCGAUUAUCGGCCAUGAAACUUGACAGCACGACAUCUAGCUACAAGGACUACGCGGGGGAUGACAAGGAUUCCAUUUUAAAAUGA